AUGAUCGCAGCCGAGACGAGCGAAGAAGCCGUCCGCGGUACCCUCCAGAUCAAUCAUGGAAGAGACGCCAGCUCUGACGACUUCAUGCACGGAGGCGACAACCAGUGGCGCGCGAGUAGUCAGGGACGCAAUCCUCUGCCUGCUGAGCCGACAGAGCGAGAUAUUUACGACUCCCACGUACCUCGCAAUGAGCCCCUCCCGCCGUAUGAACGACUGUGGUCCAUGGCUUUCAAUGCUUAUUUCCUGGUGCUUGUCCUGGAUAUGCUCGUGCUGGGAUAUAUAAUGUAUCCGCAAGAGCUGCACGAGCAGUCGACAGCGAAGUGGUAUGAAAGUGCGAGUCGGUUCAUCAUUGCGGAGUGUGUCGUGUACGAGGUUGGGGUGGCGAUAGCGGGAUAUUGUCUUUGGAAACGCGUCGAGUUGAUACUGGAAGAGGACGGUGCGAGCAAAGAGGGUAGUGCGUGA